AUGCAGAGCCUCUUCAUCCGCGGGCUCAUCCACACGCAUUCCAGCACGGCCAAACACGUGUCCGGGUCCAACAACGACAUCAAUGUACUCCACCAGUCGCCAUUGUUCACUGAUAUGCUUUGGGGAGAAGCACCCAUAGUGAACUUUACGGUGAAUGGACACGAGUACAACUAUGGUUACUACCUUGCCGACGGCAUCUACCCCUCCUGGCCGGUGUUCAUGAAAGGUGUUACUCUUCCACAAAGUGAAAAGCAUCGACUGUUCACUGCUCCUCAAUCAGCUUGGCGCAAAGAUGUCGAGUGUGCCUUUGGAGUGCUGAAGGCUAGGUUCAACAUUCUAGCAGUUCUGGGACGCUCCUACUCGAAGCAUACUCUUGGGUUGAUCAUGCGUGCAUGUGUCAUUCUGCACAACAUGAUCAUCGACAAUGAACGUGGUACAAAUUUGGAGAACAUCUACGAGACAGUUGAUUCCAAUGUCGGCCCUGCGAUACACAACCAUGCACCACCAAGCCUAGCAGCCAGGAUUCAGAUGGACAACGAAAUGAGGGACUCACCGAUGUAUACACAGCUCCAGCAUGAUUUGAUUGAGCAUGUGUGGGCUAAUGCCUAG